CUUACACGUUUUGCAAAUAUAAUGAUAGCAGAGUCGCAGCUUCAUAGGUCUCAUGUUUUGGGGCUGCCAGCACGGCAGUAUUAUGGACAGGUGCUUGCGCUCGCAGCUCACAUGCCUACGGGCCUCCUGACAGGUACAUAAGUGCUUAUAUUGAAGCCAUCUACGUAUCUGAUAAUUAACUUGGGCCAGCGCCAGCCUGUGCGAUGAAAUCGGUCUGAAAAAUGCCUUUCUUGAGGCAUCGGACUUCAUUCAAUGCGUUAGAGUGCGCAAAAUAUGGUUCAGCCUCAGUCACUUUCGCGAUUGAGGUUCCCUGACUCGAGUCGGGUGACGGAUCUGCGUCGCUGGGGCCUCUUCUACCUUGUGUACAAUAGCUUCGUGUAAUGGAUGGCGUAAAUAAUGGCCGUGUACAGUCGGCGGGGGCCGGGAACGCCGAGCAGCAGCACGCGGCCGCACUGCGCAGCAGGCGUACCUGCAGGAGCCGCCGGUGCGCCCGCGGUGGCGGAUGCGGCGGAUGUGCCGGCGGCGGCGGGCGCUGGACCGCGCGGCUGGCGGACUGCUGCGGCAGCUGCGGUGUGCGGCGAGCCCCUGGGCCGGCCGCUGGUGAUCGGGCUGGGCGGCCCCGGCUGCAGCCCUGACAGGCGCGGGGAGCUGCGGGUGCCGCCGGCCAGCGCGCUGUGCGCCGCGCUCAUGCGCGGCGUCAUGCGGGUACGCGAGAGCGGGCGGCAUGUGCUGGAGCUGGUGGAUGUGUGGGAGCACCGCACCUCCAUCUGCUAAUCCACGUGCGGGGCGGAUACGGAUGAGGCGGCGUGGCUAUGCAAGCUGGUGGUUCCCCGCGGCGGAGGCGGCAAGCACGUCAGCGCGGCGUCGCGGCCGUGGGCGGCGCGCAGCUGGCGCAGGCGUACGCUCGUGCGGGGCGUGCGGCCAGGCGGCGGGCGGUGGGUCGGAGCGGCAGCUCCUGUGGGACCGAGACGUGCAGGCGGCGCGCAACAUGCUGUGGCUGCUGCAGCACCCGUGGUACGGCGCGCCGCGGCCGCAGUACCUGUGCCCCCAGCAGCCGUCAGCCGGGGGCGGCUGGCAGCAGGAGCAGGCGGCAGCAGGCUGGCAGGCAGAUGGAGUGGUGCUGUGGUGGAGGUUGAGUAGUAGGAGGUUGGGGAUACCGUACGGUGUUGGUGUUUUUUCCCAGUGGCAUGGUGGGAACACCUUCUCCCCCCG